AUGACUGGAUUACUGACCCAUCGGGGUCUUAUGUUUUGGAUUGCACCAAUUCGAUCGUUUUUUGCAUCAGCCACAGCAAGAUUACGAGAAGGAAGCGGUAAUGUCUUCUUGAAGGAUUUGGGUCGGUUAACAGUUGUUCAAACUCAUGAUGAACCAUAUAUGCCGGGCCAACUGUUUAUUCAUAAACUCUUUCCCUAUAGAGGUAUUGUUCUAUGUUCCUUUCCAUGUCCUAUCGAAGAAAAGCUGCUUAAUCCAAGUAAUGAUGAUCCUGUGGUAAUAACGCACAAAUCAUUGUUUUAUCAAGUGCUUAUUCACUGUGGUGACUGGAAAAAUAUGCAUUUUCCAGUGGACAUUACUUCAUAUUUGGAAGAUGCAGGCACGAUUCAUGGUGAGAAAGUUCUGACUGUUGUGUUUGGAAUGGAUUGUGUUCCUCAUGAUGAAAUUGUACCGUACAGAACACAUAUCACACGACCUAUCGCUCAUAACCUAUUUGGUGGUCUUUUUGAAUGUACAGCAGUGGAGGAUAAUGAACUCAUAUUUGGCAUACGUAAAGAACCAAACUUUCUGAUAGGUCAACAUUCAAAUUGCAUAUUGAAUCAACUCAAACCUCAUUCUGCUUAUCGUGAAACAACAGAUGGGAUACGGGUGACUGUAAUAACAUUUUAUCUUGGAUUAAAUACGGUUAACGGACAACAAAAGCACUGGUGGCGUUAUGUGAUACGUCUGGAAAAUCUGAAACCUUGCCACAUAAUUAUUCGUUCGAGAGAAAUGAAAGUUUACAGUUUAAGUAAUAUGCAACAACAGAAAAUACCAAGCAUUGCUGGUGGAAAUCCGCGAUUAACACCAGAAGAGCCGGCAUUUCAGUAUAGCGGUAUGGUUGGUGUGGUAGUGGAUAAAGGGUCAUACGCAUGGGGGAAUUUUACGAUGGAACGAGAAGAAGACCGAACAUCGUUCCUUGUUAAAGUACCCACAUUUAGGUUAGAAUGUGAUUCCAAUCCUACACCAGAGAAAACUGAGCAGUUGAGUUAG